UUUUUUUUUUUAAUAAAUAAAAAAAAAAACACACAUACCACCAUGUAGGUUUCUUUGCAGAACCGAAACCACUUCAAUCAAUCAAGUAUUGCACUACCUAUACUUUUCCAGCCACCUUGUGCACAAGCACACGUUGGGGGGACGAGACAACAAAUCAUCCCUGCAGAACCUUCAUAUAUCCUUCGCCCUUCUCACACUUUGUCUUUCACCACACACUAACUCGCAACAACCCGCCGUCCCCCAGCGCAAACAACAGCGCAAACGCACCGUUUCAUUUUGAGGCGUCUUGUAGGCGGAAGAAGGGAUAGGAUACCCCCCCCGAUACAUCUCUCUCUCGUUCUCCGACGAGGAAAAAGGAGAGUAAUUGAACGAAACGCCCAAAUGACUCUAUUCGCCGAAUCUGACAAGUACGGUUUGGCAAGCCCUGCCAUUCUCUGGUCCGAGUACGUCGCCAAGGACGGGACGGUCCAAAGGUCUUCACUUGAUCUCGAUAGACUCAUCGGGAAUGAUAAUGGAACUCUUAUCUGGAUGGAUGUUGGUUUUUCUGGAACGAGCAAAGAGAUAAACCUUCGGUCCAGCGGUUUACUUUGCGCCAUGUGUCGCGAUCGUAAUGGCGCUUACCUUUACUCUUCCAUUGACCUAAACGCCUUCAUUACGGGCGUUGGUGGAAUUUUAGAAGUUGAGGUUGAUUGGAGUCUUCGCGUGUUUGCGUAUUUUCCUUGGAUCGGAUGUUGGGGUAACCGGACAUUUUUCGUUAGUUGGGUAGAAGAACAAUCUCCCAAAUGGAACAGGCAAUCGUUCCGCAAGCCUACGUUCCUUAUUACGAAGACGCUCAAUGGUCAUGCGAUGGAAAGGGGUCAAUAUCAUCCCCACCACCAUCAACAACAACCUUGA